UUUGGUGCAAGAAGCUGUCAGUGUUUCUAAAAGAGCGCAAGCUAGGUUGCAGUGGUUCGUGCGUUUUGUAGAUGUUAAUGACGCCCCAACUAAUGUAAUCACCCUGUGCUGGAGUGAAAUUUCUUGGGAAACUAAGACUGCUUAAGGGAAUUUAAGAAGAUGGCUAGGAAACUUAGAGACAGCGACAUUAAUCCGUGCUUAGAGGAAUCAGAUGCUUCCAGGAAGUGCUUAGAUAUGAAUAAUUACAGCAAGGACAAGUGUACAUUGUACUUCUUACACUAUAAAAACUGCAGGGCAUUUUGGAACAAUAUAGCAGCACAGAGGAGGAGAGAUGGAGUGAAACCAGUAAUUCCACCUGCAGAUGAGAGAGUGAGGAUAUUACAAGAUAUAGGAGGGAAACCAUAUUGAGCCAAACUUUAACUAUGGAAUAAAUAGUAAAUGUUUGAAUAUUCUCCUUAUGAAGAUAAGCUAACAAGUGAGAAGGCUUUUCAUUUGUAGAAAAGUACUAAACUGUUUUAUUGGCUUUAUAUUAAAAAAAAGAUCUUUUUCCUUG